AUGUCGGCUGUAGUAUUUUCUUCGCAAGAAGAUGAAAUUUUUAUUGAAUUUGUCAGAAAAUACCCAAUUUUAUAUGAUAAACGAGUUGACGAUCCAGGUGUUGUUCAAGUUUCAAGCGCUUCUACUUGUUCAGAUCAGCCUGAUCUAAUAAGUUCACAGUGCAAUAAAAAUACUGAUGGCAUUAAUGAUUUGGCUGAUUUGGGUGAUCGAGAGAGUGGACCACGACGUCCUAAUCUAGCAGCUUACAAAAGAACUAAAUUCGGAGAAAAGUUUAGAUCAUUUCGUUGUCAGUGGUAUACAGAAUGUGAUUGGUUAGAGUAUAGUGUUCAACGUAAUGCUGCAUUCUGUUUUGUUUGUCGUAUUUUUGGACCAGAGAAUAGUGAAGAUGCAUGGACUAGGACUGGCUUCAACAAUUGGAAAAAAUUAAUAGUGAAACUUAAAAGUCAUUUAGCUACUAUCAACCAUAAAACAAAUGAAUCGAAGAUGAUGGCAUAUAAGUCAAGUGAAAAAACUGGAUCAGUUGUUACUCAAUUGUCUAGUUUUCAUAAAGAAGAAGUCGCAAGAAAUUGCAAGUUUAUGUCAAGCUUAAUUGAAAUAAUUUUGUACAUUGCAAAACAAGGCAUUGCACUAAGAGGACAUAAUGAAGGAACUGAUUCAAUAAAUCAAGCUUUUAUCAAAAAAAAAAUAAACUUGACCAGCUGGAAAAUUCAAGAAGAACUUAUUAAAAUUAGUGCUGACUUGGUAACAGAAACUAUUGUUGGACAAAUUCUUGACACUGGACAUUUUGCUCUAAUGGUUGAUGAGGCUAGGUCUCAUAAACAAGAACAAUUGUCUGUUUGUGUGCGUUAUGCAGUUGGCCUCGACAUUUAUGAAAGAUUUUUACAAUUUGUUGAUGUUUCUUGUGGCCAGAAUGCCAAUCAAAUUGUUUCUGCUAUUUACAGUAGUUUUAAAAAUUGUAAUUUAAACAUGGAUACACUAAAUAUUGUGGCACAAUCGUAUGAUGGUGCCAGUGUGAUGUCUGGCCAUAUCGGAGGUGUCCAAGCCAAAAUUAAAGAAGAUUAUCCUUAUGCAAUAUACACACAUUGUAUGGCCCACAGGUUGAACUUAGUUGUUGUGGACUUGUGUAAAGAAAUUAAGAAUGCUCGUUGUGUUUUUAAUACGUUAGAAAUGGUAUACGUUCAUUUUGCUCGUCCAUCUAACAAUACGAAACUCGGUAAAAUUCAAUUGGAUCUAGGAUUAAAAAAAGGAAGUAUCCUCAGAGUAUGUGACACUCGGUGGGUGUGCCGAUUUAAAAAUUGUGAAGCAAUGAUAAGUAAUUACACUGCUAUAUUAGAAUAUUUAAGUAUUCUUAGGGAAUUACAGAAGUAUACAUUUUUUAUUGGGGUUAUUUUGUUAAAAGAUGUUCUUGGUAUUAUUAACAUACUAAGUACCACAUUACAAUCAAAAACUGGCACUCUGGGUAAAGCUAAAAAUAUUAUAAAUGGUGUAAUAUUAUCAUUUGAAAAAUUACGUUGUGAAACUUGA